AUGAGCACCAAAAUACCCCAACAAGAGAUAAUUCCUCUGCGUACGGACCUUGCUGCGCUCGGUAAUCGUAUAAAUGCUGAAACCAGGAAUGCCCACAAUAAGAUUGAUAAGAUGAUGACGCUAAAGUUUGCACUGGCUUUGAGAGAUCCUAAGAUCUACCGUCAGGGUAUACAGAUGUACUAUCAUAUUUUUUCAGCUAUUGAAGAGUCUCUUGACCGUGAGUUGUCCAAGGAGACGCCCUGGACCUCAAUUUUGAAACAGGUUUACAAGCCUACCAUUCGUCGAUCUGAACGUCUUUACAAAGAUUUGUUGUUUUACUACGACAACGAUCCAAAAAAGUUUGCUGAGCCUAUCAUGCCGGAGCAAAUUCGUUUCAUUCGUCACAUCAAGGAGUCGACUGCAGAGAAGCCAUACCUUUUGCUGGCUUAUAUGCAUGUCAUGUACCUGGCUCUUUUCGCUGGUGGCCGUAUCUUUAGAUCCAAGUUGGCUAAAGCUGUUGGACUGUUCCCUCAGGUCGUUGGAAAAACCACCGAAGAGAUCUCUCUCGAGGCCACUAACUUUUUCCGUUUCGAAUGUGAGGAUGAAGAUGCCUUCCGUAUCGUUUACAAACGUGACUACGAACUUGCCACGCGUAAUAACUUGACUGAGACAGAAAAGCAGGAGAUAAUCAAGGAAAGUCAACUCGUUUUCGAAGAAAAUGCAACAUGUGUCAAAGAGAUUGAAUCUCACAACUUGAGAAGACUGCAAGAAAAGGUCCUCUACAAAGUAGCCACCAAGGGUUACUACGUGGUUCUCGCAGUACUUAUUAUGUUGGCUGUGUUCCUUUUAAAGACAAUCGCAUCAAGACUACUUUUGUAA